CAGUAGAUACGUUCAAACAUGCUAGGCCACACAAUGCAAGUCCAGUCCUGCAAUAUUAUCCAGCCAAUAUCUGCGGCGUCGCCGGCAAAAUCGUCACUGCCGGCGAACAGAGUUUCUUUACCGGUUAAAACUCCGCGAGCAAUCUCGAUCACCGCUCCAAGUGACCUAGUUUCAACCACGGACGUUAUAGACGACUCAACGGCUGCGUUCCGAGACUAUCAAUCUCUCUGGGUGUCGCAGCGCUCGGAGACGGCCGCUCCGGUCACCCUCCGUGUCGUUGACGGUGCGGUACCGGCGGAGUUCCCAUCUGGAACGUACUAUCUCACCGGACCGGGGCUCUUUUCCGACGAUCACGGGUCCACGGUGCACCCUCUGGACGGUCAUGGGUACUUGAGAACAUUCACAAUUGAUGGGGCCAAGGGAGAGGUCAAGUUCAUGGCUAGGUACAUAGAGACGGAGGCUCAGGUGGAGGAGAGGGACCCGGAAACCGGGCGGUGGCGGUUCACCCACCGGGGACCGUUUUCGGUGUUGAAAGGUGGCAAGAUGGUUGGGAACACUAAAGUGAUGAAGAAUGUUGCAAAUACUAGUGUGGUGAGGUGGGGAGGGCGGCUGUUUUGCUUGUGGGAAGGCGGAGAGCCUUACGAAAUUGAGUCAAGGACGUUGGAGACUGUUGGGAAGGUCGACGUGAUCAACGGCGGCGGCGAUCAAUCGGCAUCCGGCGGAGGGCUCAAGGCAGACGUCUGGGAUGUGGCUGCAGCAAUGUUGAAGCCAAUCUUGUAUGGAGUGUUUAGCAUGCCUCCGAAACGAUUCUUAUCCCAUUACAAGAUCGAUGCUCGUAGGAAUAGACUCAUGAUCUUGUCAUGCAAUGCAGAGGACAUGUUGCUCCCUCGCAGUCAUUUUACCUUCUACGAAUUUGAUACAAAUUUCAAGUUGGUUCAAAGGAGGGAAUUCACUAUUCCAGAGCACCUAAUGAUCCAUGACUGGGCAUUCACCGAUUCUCACUACAUACUAUUUGGCAAUCGCAUUAAGCUUGAUAUUACUGGGUCAAUGGCAGCAGUGUGCGGGUUAUCUCCCAUGAUAUCGGCGCUAACAGUGAACCCUAGCAAGCCUACUUCUCCCAUAUACUUGCUCCCUCGAUUUCCUGGAGCUCCUGUCGAUCAUGAUCAUCAUGAUCAGUCGAACCGUAACGAGAUCAGAGAUUGGAGAGUACCCAUUGAAGCUCCCUCCCAGAUGUGGGCACUACACAUUGGUAAUGCUUUUGAAGAGACGACUAGGGAUCAUGAGAAUGGGAAUUCUUCUUCUCAGAUUCAAAUUCAAGCCAGUGGCUGCUCUUACCGCUGGUUCAACUUCCAGAAAUUAUUCGGAUAUGACUGGCAAAGUGGCAAACUUGACCCAGCCAUGAUGAAUCUAAACCAAGGGAAAGAGAAGUUACUGCCUCACCUUGUCCAGGUGUCAAUCAACUUGGAUUCAAACGGGAAUUGUGAAAACUGUACAGUGAAGCCAUUGAAUCAAUGGAGCAAAGCUGCAGAUUUUCCCGUGAUAAAUCACGAAUUCUCCGGCAAACGAAACAUGUUCACUUACGCGGCAACUUCGUCCGGUUCUCGACAAGCUCUGCCUCAUUUUCCGUUCGAUACGGUGGUGAAGUUGAACACUCUGGACAAGUCCACCCGCACAUGGUCGGUCGGUACUCGGCGGUUCGUUGGGGAGCCCAUUUUUGUUCCCGGUUCGGGUACGCAAGAAGAUGAUGGUUACAUUCUGGUGGUGGAGUACGCAGUGGCAACACGAAGAUGCUACCUCGUUAUUUUGGAUUCGAAGCGGAUCGGAGAAGCUGAUGCACUCGCUGCAAGACUCGAAGUCCCGAAGAAUCUGAAUUUCCCCCUUGGUUUUCAUGGCUUUUGGGCCCCCUCCUAGAUCUG